UUUCUAAAAUCCCUCUGAAUCCAUUGCGAUCGUCCUAUACGCGAUUCACCCUGAUUUCCGAAAGAAGAAUCAACGGUGAAGUAAACGGCUCCGUCACAGAGAACGAGUCCAAGUCAAAAACUCUACGGUGGAAUAUCUCGCCUGAACCACGUUGCAUCUGAUUGGAUCUAACAUCAUGGCAAGCAUCAAAGAGGAAAGUUCCAACAAAGUGUUUGGAGGCUUCCAGAAAGUCUACUCACAUGAGAGUAAAGAGUUGGGAUGUCAGAUGAAGUUUGCUGUGUACAUCCCUCCUCAAGCAGAAUCAGGACCUGUGCCUGUGAUUUACUGGUUGUCAGGUCUUACCUGCACUGAACAAAACUUCAUAACCAAAGCAGGAGCACAGCAGUAUGCUUCAAAACAUGGGUUCCUGGUAGUGGCUCCAGAUACAAGCCCAAGGGAUUGCAAGAUUCCCGGAGAGGAUGACAGCUGGGAUUUUGGCACUGGUGCUGGAUUCUACGUGGAUGCCACUGAAGAAAAGUGGAAGACCAAUUAUCGCAUGUUUUCCUAUGUCACUAAAGAGCUCCCUACCCUUGUUGCUGCCAAUUUCAAAGUGGAAAGCGAUAAGGCUGGCAUUAUGGGGCACAGCAUGGGUGGUCAUGGUGCUCUGAUCUGUGCCCUCAAGAACCCUGGCCAGUACAAGUCAGUCUCAGCAUUCGCACCCAUCUGCAAUCCUGUCAACUGCCCAUGGGGAGUUAAGGCAUUCUCCGGAUAUCUUGGAGAGGGCAAUAAAGAUGCAUGGAAAGACUAUGAUGCUUGUGAAUUGGCAAAGAAGUAUAAUGGCCCCCCAUUAGAGAUCAUGGUUGACCAGGGAAAGGCAGAUAAUUUCUUAACACAGGGACAGCUUCUGCCAGAUAACCUGGUCAGUGCCUGUGCUGAGGGUGGAGUUCCCAUCAUCAUGAGAAUGCAAGAAGGAUAUGAUCAUUCCUACUACUUCAUGGCAACCUUUAUGGCUGAUCAUUUUGACCAUCAUGCAAAAUUUCUUAAGGCAUAAGAAGCUAGUAAGCCGUCUUUCCUGAAAUUGGUAUCAAUUACUGCUAAUUACAUUUGGAUGAAUAAUUCACAAUAAAUCUGUGUCCUUUUC